UGAUGUGUCUAUCGCCGGCAGGACGUAAAUGGACAAUUGACGGCAAAAAGAGCAGAGGAUUCAGCGAGAAAGGCCUGUCGCCGUAAGCUCCAAAGAUGGCCAGGCUCGCCGACUACUUUGUGGUUGUUGGCUACGACCUCGACAAGCGAGUGGAGGGUGAAGGUCAAGGUCGCAUUCUCCAGCGGUUUCCUGAGAAAGACUGGGAGGACAGCCCAUUCCCACAAGGCGUAGAGCUGUUCUGUCAGCCCAGCGGUUGGCAGCUGGUUCCUGAGCGGCAGCCUACCUCCUUCUUUGUAGCGGUUUUGACUGACAUCAACUCGGAUCGUCACUACUCUGCCUGCUUCACCUUCUGGGAGGGACUGGACAACCCGCAGCUGCAGAAGGCUGAGGCCAGCGAGGUGGAUGAAGUGGAUGAGGAGCUGGCCCUCGUCCAACCAGCGAAGGUCUUUGCCCCUAAGAGCCUGGUGCUGGUGUCCCGCCUGGACUACACAGAGGUGUUCAGGAACUGUCUGGGUCUGAUCUACACCAUCCAUGUAGACAGCCUGUCUGUCCCCUUGGAAACGGUGAUCGGAAAUCUCCUCACUUGUGUCAUCCCGAUCGCUGGAGGCUCUCAGAGGACCAUAACUUUAGGUGCUGGCGACCGGCAGGUGAUCCAGACUCCCAUCAAUGACUCGCUUCCUGUCAGCGGCAGCAGUGUGGCCCAGCUCUUCAGACAGCUUGGUAUCAUCAACGUGUUGUAUCUGUUCUGCGCGGCGCUGACGGAACAUAAGAUCCUGUUCUUGUCCAGCAGCUACCAGAGACUGACGGACGCCUGCCGUGGACUGCUGGCCAUCAUGUUCCCCCUCAAAUACAGCUUCACCUACGUUCCCAUCCUACCGGGAAAACUACUAGAGGUCCUGAGCACCCCCACUCCCUUCAUCAUUGGUGUCAAUUCAUUCUUCCGCUCCGAGACACAAGAACUGUUGGAUGUGAUCAUCGCUGACCUGGACGGCGGCACGGUGACAAUCCCCGAGUGUGUGCACAUCUCCCUGCUGCCUGAACCGCUCCUUCAGCAGACACAGACCGCGCUCUCCAUGGUUUUGGAUCCAGAGCUGGAAGUUGCUGAUCAUGCCUUCCCCCCAAUGUCCACGCAACCGUCUUCACCUAAGAUCCAGGAUAAGGAGAUUCGAGGAGUCUUUCUGUGGCUGUUCGCUCGGCUCUUUCAGGGCUAUCGCUGGUGUUUACACAUCAUUCGCAUUCACCCCGAACCAGUGAUCCGCUUCCACAAGGCCGCCUUCCUGGGUCAGAGGGCGCUGUCGGAGGACGACUUCCUCAUGAAGGUGUUGGACGGCAUGGCGUUUGCAGGUUUCGUGUCAGAGAGGGGGCCUCCCUACAGAGCCACUGACCUGUUUGAUGACCUGGUAGCCAAUGAGGUGGAGCGGAUACGACAAGAGGAGACCUGUCCACAGAAAGUCAUGAACCAUGUGAAGGAGCUGGCCGAGCAGCUCUUCAAAAACGAGAAUCCGUACCCCGCGGUGGCGAUGCACAAGGUCCAGCGACCGUCUGAAAAAAGCCAGACCACUACACAGAAUCAGACGCCCUUCCCUGUGCUGGACGACGUCGCGGUGCAGCUCUUCAUCGACCACGCCGCCGCCAAGCUCAAGACCGCGCCUCCCGUCGUCAAGGCGGAGCUCAAGAGCAUGGUGCCAUCCGGGCCCCCACUGGGAGACUUCGUGGACAGAAACGGCAACGUGAUGGCGAAUAGCGCUCGCAGGCUGGAGGUGGUCAGGAACUGCAUCACGUACAUCUUUGAGAAUAAGAUGCUGGAGGCAAAGAAGUUGAUGCCAGCUGUACUGCGGGCGCUGAAGGGUCGGGCAGCCAGGGUUUGUUUGACCCAGGAGCUCAAUCAGCACGUCCUACAGAACCGAGCUGUGCUGGAUGACCAGCAGUUCGACUACAUCGUCCGCAUGAUGAACUGCACCUUACAGGACUGUUCACAUAUGGAUGAACACGGCAUUGCAGCCGCCCUGCUUCCACUGGUCACGGCCUUCUGCAGAAAAUUGGGCGCAGGCAUCACUCAGUUUGCCUACAGCUGCGUACAGGAGCACAUGGUGUGGACCAACAUGCAGUUCUGGGAGGCCAUGUUCUACAGCGACGUCCAGAACCACAUCAGGGCUCUGUACCUGGAGACAGAGGACGGGGAUCAGCAGAAGAACCUGGUCAGCGCCCUGGAGCUGGCGUCGGAGCAGAACAGACUGUGGCCGACGCUGAGCAAGGAAAUGCAGACGGAGCGCGUGCAGAAGGAGGAGAGCACGGUGUUCAGUCAGGCCAUCCACUACGCCAACAGGAUGAGCUACCUGCUGCUGCCGCUGGACACCAGCAAGAACCGCCUGCUGAGGAGCUCGGGCAUCGGAGACGUGGAGAGCGUGAGCAACAGCUACGUCACAAACAGUAUUGCAGGCAGCAUGGCGGAGAGCUACGACACAGAGAGCGGCUUCGAAGAUGCCGAGAGCUCAGACGUGGCCAACUCCGUGGUGCGCUUCAUUAACCGCUUCGUAGACAAAGUGUGUAACGAGAGCGGCGUGACCAACGAGCACCUUAAGGCUCUCCACACCAUGAUACCAGAUAUCGUUCAGAUGCACAUCGAGACGUUAGACGCAGUCCACAGGGAGAGUAAGAGGCUGCCUCCAAUCCAAAAGCCCAAGCUGCUGACGCCGACUCUGUUGCCGGGCGAGGAGCUGGUGAUGGACGGCAUGCGCGUCCACCUGAUUCCCGACGGCCGCGAGGAGGCCACGGGGGUGAUGGGAGGUCCGCCUCUGCUCCCCGCUGAGGGUGCCAUCUUCCUCACCACCUACCGACUCAUCUUCAAGGGCACGCCUACGGACCCACUGGUGGGGGAGCAGGUGGUCACUCGCUCGUUCCCUAUAGCCUCUCUCACCAAGGAGAAGAGGAUCUCAGUCAGUUUACCCAUGGACCAGUUUGUCCAGGAGGGGCUGCAGCUACGAUCCUGCACCUUCCAGCUGAUGAAGAUUGCGUUUGAUGAGGAGGUUGCGUCAGACCUGGCCGAGGUUUUCAGGAAGCACAUGCACAAGCUGCGUUAUCCCCAGCAUGUCCAGGGCACGUUUGCCUUCACUGUGGGUCAGAGUGGGAAGAUGGUGGUGGAGCACAAGACCAAGGACAAGAACCAGUCGCUCAAGACUCUUUCCAAGAACCUGGUGAAGAGUGCCAAACGGACCAUAGGUCGGCAGUAUGUGACCAGGAAGAAGUAUUCUCCGCCCACCUGGGAGAACAGGAGCAGCUUGCAGUCAGAGCUGGAUGAGGAUGAAAUCUCAGUCUCAGAGGAGGUGGACCAGAGCUCCCUCACCCUCUCCUCCACCAUCCGUUCAUCUGACAGACAGACCAUGAGUAACGUGGUGGAGCGAGCCUGUUGUCGCGACUACCAGCGUCUGGGUCUGGGCACGCUCAGUAACAGCCUGACACGCUCCAAGAACGAGCCCUUCAGGAUUUCAACUGUUAACCGCAUGUACACCGUCUGCAGGAGCUACCCCGGCCUGCUGAUAGUGCCUCAGAGCAUCCCGGACACGACCAUCCAGAGAAUCUGCCGCUGCUACCGACAAAACCGCUUCCCUGUGGUUUGCUGGAGGAAUUCAAGAACCAAGGCUGUCCUUCUGCGCUCUGCAGGCCUCCACGCUAAGGGUGUCGUGGGCUUCUUCAAGUCCCCCAACGCCCCCACUGCAGUGCCCUCCCAGGCAGACUCCACCAGUCUGGAGCAGGAGAAAUACCUGCAGGCCAUCAUCAGCUCCAUGCCUACAUACAGUGAGAGCAGCGGCAGGAACACACUCAGUGGCUUCACCUCCACACAUAUGAGCACCUCCGACUCGUCAGAUAAGCUGAGGCAGCCCAAGAUCGGCGCUCUGAUGAAACAGGUGAUGGGCACCAAGGAGGAUGUUCCUGGAACCUUCAGCAGAGGAGCUCUGGGUCAAAGGGCGAAAGUCAUCUCCCUCUCUCAGCCCAAAGUGUCUGGCAAGGCCAGGAACCCUCCUAGAGGUAAAUGGGGCAGUAUCCGAGGCAGCGGGCGUCUAAGUGCCUACAACCCAGACGUGGGGACGCGUCUGGCUGGAAAAGAGUCUCCGCAGCCCAACGGAGGGCCAAGUGAGGCGCUGUUCCUACGCCAGCAGAAGGCCUACCUCUACAUCAUCGGAGACAAGGCCCAGCUCAAGGGAGGGAAGCAGGACUCGUUCCAGCAGUGGGAGGUGGUUCCCAUCGAGGUGUGUGACGUGCGGCAGGUGAAGAACAGCUUUAAGAAGCUGAUGAAGGCCUGCGUGCCGAGCUCCCUGACCUCCGACCCCAACAUGACUUUCCUUCGAUGCCUGGAGGAGUCGGAGUGGAUGGCUCUGCUGCACAGGGUGCUGCAGGUAUCUGUCCUGGUGGUGGAACUUCUGAACACAGGCUCGUCGGUCAUGGUCAGCCUGGAGGACGGCUGGGACGUCACCACGCAGGUGGUGUCCCUGGUGCAGCUGCUGUCUGAUCCCUACUACAGAACCUUCGACGGCUUCCGGCUGCUGGUGGAGAAGGAGUGGCUGUCGUUCGGCCACAGGUUCAGCCACCGCGGAGCUCAGACGCUGGGCAGCCAGAACAGCGGCUUCACCCCCGUCUUCCUGCAGUUCCUGGACUGCGUGCACCAGAUCCACCUCCAGUUCCCCAUGGAGUUUGAGUUCAGUCAGUACUACCUGAAGUUCUUGGCGUACCACUACGUGUCCAACCGCUUCCGCACCUUCCUGCUCGACUCCGACUACGAGCGCAUCGAGCUGGGAGUGCUUUAUGAGGAGAAAGGAGAGAGGAAAAGCCCUCAGGUGUGUAAGUCUGUGUGGGACUACAUCGACAGACUCAACAAGAAAACACCUGUCUUCUACAACUACAUGUUCUCUCCUGAGGAUGACGAGGUGCUGCGGCCGUACACCUUCAUCUCCAACCUGAAGGUGUGGGACUUCUACAUGGAGGAGACUCUGUCCGAGGGGGCGUCCUACGACUGGGAGACGAGGGGACGGCAGGAGCGCGUGGCAGAGGAGAUGGCGGAGAAACCCGACACCAGCGGGCCCAAGUCGCAGCGGCGCAUCGUGUGGCCGUGUUACGACAGCCUGAGCAAGGUGGUUCCCGACGCCAUCACCAAGCUGCUGCAGGACCUGCAGAGUCUGGAGGCCGAGCUCGGCCAAACGUCAGAGAAGUGGAAGGAUACGUGGGAUAAAAUCAAGACCGCGCAGAGGACGGAGACCAAACUGGAGAGCAAGCCGUCGUUCUCCAGCUCCCUGCUGAUGUCGUCCAACCUGAGCCACCAGCGGCGUUCUCAGGGCGUCUACCUGCAGGAGAGCGGCGUGGGAUCCUCCAUCAACCUGGCGCUGGACUGCGAGGCCAGCGCCACCUCCACGCCUGUAGCCGGUCGGCCGAGCACCAGCACCCUCUACAGCCAGUUCCAGAGCACCGAGAGCGAGAACAGGAGUUUUGAAGGCAUCCUGUUCAAGAAAGGGGCAUUGUUGAAACCAUGGAAACCUCGGUGGUUUGUGCUGGACAAGACCAAACAUCAGCUGAGAUACUACGAGAGCAGGCAGGAUAAGGAGUGUAAAGGCGUGAUCGAGCUGGCUGACGUGGAGUCCGUCACUCCGGGAACUCCCGCCAUGGGAGCGCCGAAAAACAUCGAGGAGAAAGCCUUCUUUGAUCUCAAGACGACCAAACGAGUGUAUUACUUCUGUGCCCAGGACAGCCUGAACGCACAGCUGUGGAUGGACAGUGUUCAGAGCUGCUUGUCAGAUGCCUAGAGUGGAGGCUGGACUCUUUAAAGGAGCGAUGCAACCAGGAACGACUGAGCGGCGCCUGAUGGACAUCUCUGCCAGCCAAUCCCAGCGGAGUGGGGAGGGGAAGGGGCCUUUCACCACUUACAGCUCUGUUCUGUUCGCUAGUGUUGAACUAAUAACCUGCGUCACGUUUCAGUGUUUUUGUUAUAAAAAAAAAAAACGAAAAAGAAAAAAAAAAAAAAAACAAAGUUGUCCCUGAAGAACCACUCGCUGUCGUCUCACCACAUAGCUACAGCCUCUCACCUCCCUGACAGUCUGACCACUAUGUGCGCUGGAUGUCUGUAUGCACAGAAACAAUGCAUAUUAAAGCACGUUGUUGCAUUUCUUGUGAGGCGUCUUGCAGCUUGGACCAGCAUGAAGAUCUUUCCAGAACCCUCCACCUUUGAACCACGACCUGUUCUCCUUCCUACUAACCACGGUCGCCCUUUAAAACACUCCGGGGAGGAAUGAGAGAGGAGCAGCCCGUAACCCCAGCAACACACACGACUCGAGAGACGGCUCCGGAGGAGAAUCUAAAAGACUGACUGAUGGGUUGACGGACCAAAAAAAAAACAACCCUGAGGAGCUAACAGUCCUCAGAGGUCUCUGCUCUCUUUGCCUCUCACUGCCUGAUGUAGCCCGUUCGCAGUGUAUUCAGAAGAAGUCUCAGAGAAGUGGACUGUGACGCUGCAACUGCAUGAGGAGGGAGGGGGGACU